AUGGCAGAAGGCAUUGCCCAUCGGCCACCGGGCCCAUCAUCAUCUGCCGCCGCCCAAGCCCAACCCACGACGGGGGGCCUGCAGCGCCAGCCGUCCUUCUCCUCCUUCCCCCCCUCGCGUUCCGCCUCGUCCAUUUCUCUCCUCUCUCUGCGCAACGAGAAGAAGCAUGGUCGCUCGCCACAGCCCCCCAUGCUUCGCGAAGACGACGACGAAGAAGACUCGAUCCAAUCUUCGCCCGAGUCCUCCUCGCAUCAAGCGUCCAGUGUCGCCGCCCACCCCCGCUCACAUAUGAGACUCCGUUCUCAGUACCCCGCCGACUCGGUCGAGAACCAUGUCGAGUACAUCCUCGUCGCCUCCUUCGACAUUGAUCGCGGCUCCAUCAUGGAACACCAGUACCCCGCUGCCAUUAGCGGCGACGAGACCAUGUUGGCCGAGCUCAUGUUGCCGGAUCAAGCCCACGUUCGCAGCCAGGACUGGACCAUCUUCUUCCUGCAUAAAGACACCACCGCCGAAGAGGAAGAGAGGGAGGCGCGCAGAGAACGGAGGCGGAGACGCAGGCGGCGGAAAGAAGGGCUGGAGGACGAGGAUGCUUCAGCAGGCGCCCAAGAGAACGACAACGACCAUGACGAAGAAGUGGAUGGCGACGACUUGGACAAUGAAUCAGAGACCGACGAAGAACAGGACCCUGACGGCCCGCCGCUAGUCUACGUGUUGAACCUGGUGAAUACCAAGCAAGAUAACACGGUCAAGAGAGGCGCAAUAGUAAAAGCCAUGGCCAUCUGCACCCGGCACUCUUUCCUACACAUAUACAAGCCACUCUUGCUACUAGCUCUCGAGGAAUACUUCAGAGCGCCAGUGAUAGAGACGCUCGCCUCCCUCUACGAUGCCCUCAACGCCAUGGAUCUCUCCUUGCUGCCAAAACUCUCGCCCCUCGAACACUUUGUUCUAGGCGCCAGUGACGCCAAAGACAUGUUUAUUGAGAAAUUUGAGCUCAUGAUCCGGCAACGAAAGAAGCUGGAUGCCGCCAGAGACUCGUCCGACACUUCAUCCGAUCCCCAGUCAAGACGCAAGAACUAUUCCAUGCCCCGAGAUACCCAUGAAUUUGAAUCAAAGAUCAACUACAAUGGGAUCCCAGUUCCCGUUAAGAUCCCGACUGCGUUCAGUGCCGAGACAGUGGGCGACUUCUCCCUCAUCGAACUGAUACGAACCUUUUCUACUCCGCAUACCAUACAGCCUCAACCAUUUGCUCUUCACCCGCACCUCACCACAAGCGGCGCCUACACACAUCCCAUUAUUGUUCUCGUCAAUGCCCUCCUCACGCAGAAGCGUAUUAUAUUUAUUGGACACAACCGGCCUUCUAGCGAAGUUGCCGAAGCUGUGUUGGCAGCAUGCGCUCUUGCCUCUGGAGGCGUCCUCCGUGGUUUCGUUCGCCAUGCAUUCCCUUAUACCGAUCUUACCAAGGUCGACGAUCUGCUCAAAGUCCCUGGCUUCAUUGCUGGUGUGACCAAUCCAGCGUUCUCCUACAAGCCUGAGUGGUGGGACCUGUUAUGCGACCUCCCCACAGGUCGUAUGAAGAUCAGCAACCGCAUCGAGUCCGCAUCACCGACAGAAGGCUCUCUCUUCUUCCAGCAACAAGGCCUUCCCCUGAAUGGAGCAGGGGCUCAAUCCAGCUCUGAUAGCAAAGGGGGCGUUGACAUGACAGGCGACAACGCCUUCAUGGAAAGCCUCCUACAGAGCAUUCGUGACCGCCAUGGUGAGAAUGCGAUCCGAGCAAAAUGGCGGUCAUGGGUGCUCAAGUUUACGCGCAUCGCUGCUGCUUUUGAGGAGACGGUCUAUGGUGCAUCAGCACUUUACAUUGGAGCGCACGAGACCGAUGUCGGCGCGUAUGGCGUCUCAGGACAUGGCUACGUGUGGCCCGAUGAAGGCGCACGCCUGCGCGAAUUGGCAGCCAACGUGCAUCGCAUCGAGGGCUGGCGAAACACCAGAAGCUACUACAGCUAUGUGCAAGAUCUAGCCAGGAUAUGGAAUCGGCGACCGGUGCGCGGACUCGACAUCCAUCACCAACACGACAAGUUGCGCUGCCUCAAGCUAUCGCACGACCAGUCAGCAGCCAUCUACCUCGCCUUGGCGCGCUGCGUCGAAGAUGCAGGCGGGCCCAGCGAGCGUGCAAACGGCUCGUCGACCGAUCUGGCGUCCAUGGGCCAAACGCUCACCAUUUCAAACGACCCCGAUCGCAAGCCUGGCCCGCAGCUGCAGUACGACACGGUGCUCCAGCUGUUGUGCGUGAUGCCCGAGAGCAAUUCCGGGCUGUUCUACAUCAGCCUAGGGCUCUUCCACCCGCGACAAGAUGUCCGGCUUGCGGUGGUGAAGCUGCUCGAGAGAAUCAUGGAGCAUCCUGCGGGCCGCAUCUUUUGGGCUGGCCUCGGCCGGUUUGCAAAGUUGGCCUACUUUCGGGUCAAGAGGGAGGAGGGGGCGCCCAAGUAA